CUUCUUAGUCGGGGGAGGAGGCCCCCGCUCCUUCUCUCAGCCUCGUGCGCUUCAGCGUCUAGGUACAUUUUUACCUUGCGCGGAAGAGAACCUCUGGUAUUAAAGAUUUAAAUCCAAAAGUGAUGGAUGGGACUUGGAAUUCAAAAAGGAAUUUGAAGAAAAACUUCCCCUCUUAAUCACACAUCAAUGGCUUCAACUGGUUCAUUGGUAAACAAUGAGACUGAUGACUCGGAUUCUAGCAGCAGCUUAUUCAAAACUCAGUGUGAUCCCAUCUCACCCAAUCGAAGACCAAGAAAUGUAUCUACCUCAGUUGUGAUACAGUCACCCGCAAAAACUCAAUUGAGACAUGACUCAAGUGAGUCCUCUUCAGAACUGGAACCAUUUAAUUUGCGAGUUAUUUUUGAAAAUUGGAAGAAAAAAAAGAGAAGAAAGAGAAAAUACAAGCCCACAGGAAGGCCACGGGGAAGGCCAAAAGGAAGCUUUAAAACAACUCAGUCUCUAAUAACUAGAUCCAAAAAGGACCUGUUCAGAGACAAGGGUUUCCAAUUCCCUUUAGUAGAAUCAGAGAAUGGAAGGAAACCAUUACUUUGGAAGAAAAUUUUAGGCUAUGAGCAAGCAGUUGCAAGAGGAUUUUUCAAUUAUGUUAAGGAAAAGAAAUGUGAAUCCCACCUUGGAGAAGCUUUGAAGCAGCUGGAUGUUGGUGAGGAUUUAGAAAAAGAAGGCUUUGCUGUACGAAAAUAUAAAUAUUUAGAUGAUGAAGGAUCUAUUUCUCCUAUAGAAGAACCCAAUGUGGAAGACAGUGAAUUGAAUGAUCCUGUUGAAUGUGAUAUUAAAUUAGUGGAGAACAGUUGUUUCAUAAUAAGUACUGAAUUCCCCAAGAAGGUGAAGACAAAGAUGAAAAAUAAAGUACUAAAGAGUAAGAAUGACAUACGAGAAGAUAACAAAGAUGACGAAAUAGAUUUGCCUACUAAAAAGAAAAAUUCCAUGGACAAACAGAAAAGAAAUGGAAUUUACAUUGAGGGACUCCAUGAUUAAAGCUAUGGAAAUUUUUCAGAUGAUUCCAGUUUGCUGUUUUUUUUGGAUGUUCUUUUAGGAAAAGUGGCUUUUCAGAGAAAGGGACCUGGAAACUUGUUUGGGGGAUUGGCAACAUAACAAUUUAUGAAGACCAAAGCUGGAAACAUCUAGUUUUUGACAUUGGAUAAGUGUUCAACUACAAAGGAAUGAUGGGGGAAAAGCCUAGCUAAAAGAUCAACAAGUAUGCCGAAGCAAGCUGUGCUGUAAUUAAAACAAAAAUGUUUUCAGAUGGAGAAUGAAGACAGCAGAGGAAAAAGCAAGAGCCCUCAGAAAACUCUGUCAAUCAACCUAAAAUGGCAUCUUUGGUUCCAGGUUCUCUGGAGAAGCAAUUUUUAAAAAUACUGGCUCCUGUUUUUGUAAUAAAACUAAUGUAAAUUUCAAUAUAAUUUGACAUUUUUGUAAUGAGUCAUUUUGAAUCCCUAUGGCAGAUUAUCACAAUUUUUGGUGACAAAAAAAUUAGUAGUUGAGAAGUUUAGACACGAGUUAUAGGGUCUUUGGGUACUUUUUUGCUUUGUGGCUUCAUGGAAGCACUUGGAUAUUCUGCCUUCUGCACUUUACCCAAGAGACCUGAGAAGAGAUGGUUUCUAAAUGGAGGAGCUUUUCAGUAUUGAAUUUUAUAACUCAGCUCUGUCAAUUCUGGAUAUCAUAUUCUAUCUUUAAUGGAAAUAUCUGAGAUCACAUCUUUGGGGAUUUCAUUUAGAUAAUUUUGCAGAUAAAAACAUCCCCUGCCUGUUAACAUGUCACAACCACUCAAUACUAUCAAUCUUCAAACUCGCUGAAAUGAGGACUCUUUCUACUUAUGAUACCACCAUGAAUCAGUCAUUCAACAUUAACUUUUCAAACUCCACAUGCACUCAACUGCCAAACUCUUAUUAUGCCCCUAAAACCUCCAUCCCUUCAUCAACUAUGAUUCAUCUUAUCCCUUGCACAAGUGGAAGGACAGUUGUCCAAAUGACCCUCAGAGAAGCAAGGAAAGAUUUUGCUCCUAAAUAUUUUGCACAAUGUUGAAUGCUAAGAAACUCGAAAAAUGUGAUUUAAUGUAAAGAUGGGAAUAGAUAUGAAUGACGAAAAGUGUCAGAAAAGGAUAAGUCGACAAGAGUCUAGACUUUGUAGGCUAGAGUGAAAGCUGCCUGUCUUGAUUUGCAAGUGUUUACUACCAAAGUUUUCCUCAGUUUACUCAUCUGUAAACUGAGAUUAAGAAAGAAAUGGCAAACCUGUCCAAGUAUCUUUGGUAAGAAAACCUAAAAGGACUGAAUAAUAAUAAGAUGAACACAAUUAUGUGGAAAUCUAUGGUUUCCUCAAAGGGGGAUGAGAAGGUUCCCAUCCUGACUGUUUAAUGGUUAAUUGUGAUUUAAAAUCUAGCUACACUGAAAAUCAAGACAAUGGUACCCAUUAGUUAAAAGAACAUUAAGGCUUUUUAGACUUGGUCUUGUUACUUUAGCAUGUAGUUUACACACACAUACAGAAUUCUAUUUGUUGUGAAAAGUAGUCUGAUUACUAUAGCUGGAAAAAACCCUGGUAUAGGAACUCAUGAGUAGUAUCUUCUAAUCAAACAAUUGAGGGUAAAAAAACUA